ACUGGACCUAGAAGAAAAUGUUUGAAGCGUAAGUUGUGAGCAACAGUUGAAUGAAUCGGAAGGGAGUCCACAAGACAAGACGCCCCCGCAAUCAGUACAACACAACCAUGGCGUCCUCUGAUCCCAACAAGUUAUUAUCCAAAGCUGAUAAACUAACAAGACUCAGUCUCACUAGGUGGAGUGCCGAUUGGAAGACUGCUACUGUUCUUUAUGAACAGGCUGCUAAUGGGUUUAGAGUUUCCAAGAACAUUGAGAAAGCUAAAACGGCGUAUGAGAAAGCUUCGCAAGGACAACAAAUGCUUUCUUCACCUUGGGACGCUGCUAAGCACAUGGAAUCUGCCGCUGCUCUGGCUAAGGAACUAAGCAACUGGAGAGAAGUUGCGGACUUCUAUCAAAAGGCAUCUGAAUUGUUCAUGGAGUGUGGGAGACCACAACCUGCAUCGGAUGCUCUUGCAAAGGGAGCUCGUGCUUUGGAAGAUACUAUGCCUGAAGAAGCUAUUCAGUUAUAUACAGAUGCUAUUACAAUUCUUGAAGACGACGAAAAGGAACAGAUGUCCUUUGAUCUAUACCGCGCUGUAACUAGUGUUUAUAUAAAACUUGAGAAAUAUACAGAUGCUGCAUCUUCGCUGUUGAGAUUGGGCUUGGCAGCUGACAAGUGUAAUGCUACCAAUAGUCAGACCAAGGCUUAUCUUGGUGCAAUUAUUGUCUACCUUUACGCUCACGACUUUAAGCAAGCAGAGCAAUGCUAUAAUGACUGUACUCAGAUUGAUGCUUUUCUCAAAAGUGACCAUAGCCGUUGCGCUGGCAAGUUCCUUUCUGCUUACACGGAUGGAGACGUCGACGAAAUUAAAAAAAUUGCUCAGUCUAGCGCUGUUUCCCAUCUUGACCAUGCAAUCAUUAGGCUUGCGAGGAAACUUCCAACCGGCGAUGUGAGUUCAUUAAAGGCUGUCACUGCUGAAGAUGAUGAAGAGCCACUGGACGAAAAUGACCUGACCUAAAAUCUUAAUAGUGUUUUAUUUUUCUAUUUAUAGCCAGUGGCUUAGAACCUAUUUCAAAGUUGACGAACGGAUUGAAUUGUUCAGUAUAUAUUGGUUUUGGUUUUUGUAUAAAAACUAGUUUAAAGACCCGUCGCACGGGUCAUUGUUAUUCGAUAUUAAGUUUGUCAUUA